AUGAAUCAUUUUAGGAUUAGAUUAGAGGAACCAUCUUCACGAUUAAGUAGGGGAGGAUUUGUUAUAAUUUGCUUUGAGAAACAGGACCACACAGCUUGGACUAAUUGGAACUAUCUUCUAGAUCAAGCAGGGGAGGACUUGAUAUCAUUUGAUUUCAGCAAUAAGGCCAUACAACGAGGACUAAUCAACAAGAAGAGGGCUGGGAAAGAUAGAAAUAAGGAAAUGGAGCUUCCACUCUUCAGUUUUUCUAGUGUAUCUACAGCUACUAAUUACUUCAGUGCCUCAAAUAAACUUGGAGAGGGUGGUUUUGGACCUGUUUACAAAGGAUCCUUGCUGAAUGGACAAUUAGUAGCAGUAAAAAGGCUUUCGAGAAAAUCUGGACAAGGAUGGGAAGAGCUAAAAAAUGAGGCAAUGCUUAUAGCCAAACUCCAACACAAGAAUCUUGUGAAACUACUUGGCUGCUGCAUUGAAAGAGAUGAAAAGAUUUUGAUCUAUGAAUAUUUGCCCAAUAAAAGCUUAGAUUAUUUCCUUUUUGAUCCAAUUAGACACAGGAUAAUAGAUUGGGCAACCCGAACUCACAUCAUUGAAGGGAUUGCUCAAGGGCUUCUUUACCUCCAUCAGUAUUCCAGGUUACAAAUCAUUCACAGAGAUUUGAAGGCCAGCAAUAUCUUGCUGGAUAAAGAAAUGAAUCCUAAGAUAUCAGAUUUUGGAUUGGCAAGAAUUUUUUGUGGGAAUGGAUCACAAGCAACCAACCGAAUAGUGGGGACUUAUGGCUAUAUGUCCCCAGAAUAUGCAAUGGAAGGCCUCUUCUCAAUUAAAUCUGACAUCUUUAGUUUUGGAGUAUUAUUGUUAGAGAUCUUGAGUGGCAAGAAGAAUACUGGUUUCUAUCAAAGUGACUCUAUCAAUCUUAUUGGAUAUGCGUGGGAUUUGUGGAAAAGCAAUAGGUCGUUGGAUUUGAUGGAUCCAAUCCUUGGAGAUACUCCUCCUGCAAAUAUCCUUUUGAGUUAUAUAAACAUAGCAUUCCUUUGUGUCCAAGAAAAUGCAGCUGAUAGGCCUACCAUAUCAGAUGUGAUCUCGAUGUUUAGUACGGAACCUGCACUUCUACCUUCACCAAAAAAACCCGCAUUUUCAUUUGCCAGAGGUAUCGAGGAUUUGGGUUCAUCUAAGAGAGAGCCAGAAAUUUGUUCUCUAAAUAAUGUGACAAUCUCAAUUUUGGAAGCUCGGUAAC